AUGAAGUCGACUCUGGCGAUUGCGCUACUGGCUACGGUCGCAAGGGCUGCGGACCAUGUCGUGAAUCAGACUACUUGCGCUGGCACCACCUACAAGUAUACCGGCCUAGCCGGGUAUGGCUUCAUUCCGUCCAAUGCUACGGAUAAGUAUGGUGAUACAAUCGGUGGCAUUGGCAGCGCCAUUGCUAUUGAUCAGUCGUCCUGGCGCAAGUCUGGCGAGGAUCUCUACUCUGGGACAAUCUAUACGAUCCCGGAUCGUGGAUGGAACACUAAUGGGACUCUCAACGACCAGUCACGUAUUCAGAAGUUCGCGCUCACGUUCAAAUUGGCACCCCAUGCUUCAGCCAAGAACCCCUCCAAUCCCAACCUGCGCUUGGAAUACCGGGACACUAUACUUUUGACAGGCCCUGAUGGAAACCCCACCACUGGUCUGGACGCCGAUGCUUCUGGUAACUUUUCCUACCCCGGUUUCCCACCCCUGCCCGUUGCCACCUAUACCGGCAAUGGCUUCGGCGGCGCUGGCAAGGGCGGCAAGCGAGUCUCAGUGGAUGCAGAGGGCCUGGCACUGGCCCAGGACGGUGGUUUCUGGGUAUCUGAUGAGUACGGGCCCUACAUCUACAAGUUCAGCGCUUCGGGUCGUAUGGAACAUGCGAUCCAGCCCCCGCAGGCCUACCUGCCUCGCCGCAACAACACCCUCAGCUUCAGCGCUGACUCCGCGCCACUCUAUAAUCCGGAUGCGGUGCCUAUCCCCGAGGACACCGAAACUGGUCGUGACAAUAACCAGGGCUUGGAGGGCCUGAGUCUCUCUGCUGAUGGCAAGACGCUCUAUGCGCUGAUGCAAAGCUCGCUGGACCAGGAGGGCGGCCCGAAGAAGCGGUACCGUGCCCCGGCUCGCAUGCUCGCAUACGAUAUCUCUGGCAAGACACCGCGCUAUAUCCACGAGUGGGUGGUCAUGCUGCCCAAGUACUACGACUACACUGAAUCCGAUGCCGACAAGGCGGACCAGGUCGCCUCACAGUCGGAAAUUCACCAGCUGCCAACGGGCGACUUCCUGGUUCUAUCACGGGACUCGGGUUUUGGACAUGGACAAGCCGAGUCACGGUCCGUGUAUAGACAUGCGGAUGUUUUCUCCGUGCUGAACAAUCAAUCGGUCACUGAUUUCAAGGGCCAGAGUGAUUAUGAUAGUGCUACUGGUGCCAUUGCUUCGUCGAAGGGUGUCCUGAAGGAUGGCAUCUCCCCGGCUGAGUACUGUUCAUUCCUAGACUUCAAUGUCAAUUCGGAGCUGGCUAAGUUCCGUCUGCACAAUGGUGGUCUGCAAGAUGAAUACUUGUUGAAUGAGAAGUGGGAGAGUCUGGCUCUUGUCCCGGUGGAUCCAUCUGCCGGUAUCCACCAGCACAAGCAAGGCGAGCAGGAGUAUUUCCUGUUCAGCUUGAGUGAUAACGAUUUCAUUACUCAGAAUGGGCACAUGAAUUUUGGGAAGUUCCCGUACAAGGACGAGUCAGGAUACAACUUAGAUACCCAAGCCCUAGUGUUCAAGGUUAGAUUCUAG